AUGACGACAGUUUACCACCAGCAGAUGCUGCAGGAGCAUGUGUCCAUGGAGUUCUCCAGCUCCUCCACCCACAUGCAGACCUUCUCCCAGACAACCAAGAUCGUGGGAGAGGAAGUCGUGACGAGCAAGUCCUCGAGCACAGUGGAGUUCUUCAGUUUGGUGACCCGGAGUUCCAACAUCCCUGCAGGCGAGAGCGUCCCUGAAUUCGUGGAGAAACCUCAUCCGGUGACCUCGCCCGAGGGGGAUAAAGCCGUGUUCCGAGCUCGGGUGCAAGGAAACCCCAAACCUAACAUCUCCUGGAAAAGGGAGAGCGGCGUUCCCAUCAAAGAGUCCGCCAAAAUAUUCUACGACAGCAUUAACAAGGAGCACGUGCUGAAGCUGGAGCCACUGACCUCUGAUGACUCUGACAACUACAAAUGUAUUGCAAGCAAUGAACAUGCAGAUGCCAUCUACACCGUGUCCCUGCUAGUGACUGAAGGUCAAGAGAAAAUGGAUUUCAAAAAGAUGUUGAAGAAGAGGGCUCCUCCUGCUCCCAAGAAGAAACAGAAAGUGACAAAUGAGAAAGAGAUGCUGGAGAUUUUGUCCAAGGUACCCAAGAAGGACUUUGAGAAGGUCUGCAUGGAGUACGGUUUCACUGACUUCCGGGGGCUACUCAGGAAGCUCAAAGAGAUGAAGAAGAAAGUGGAGGUGGAGGCCAUCAGGAUUCUGAAACCUCUGGAAGAUGUAGAAGCCAAGGUUGAUACCACAGCGAUCUUUGACUGCAUCAUUGAGCUGAAGGACCCCAAUGUCAAGAUGAUAUGGAUCAAGGGUACUGAGCCACUGAGGAUCCAAUACUCCCUGGGCAAGUAUGAUGUGAAGCAGAUGGGCACCAAGCACAUGCUGGUUAUCACCAACGUGAACAUGAGCGAUGCCGGCCUCUACAGCCUGUCUGUGGGUGACAAGCGAAUGAGUGCAGAGCUCACAGUGCUGGAUGAGCCACUAAAGUUCUUGGGAGAAAUGAAGCCGCUGAAGGUGACAGAGCGCCAGACAGCAGUAUUUGAGAUCCGCCUCUCCAAGAAAGAACCCAAUUUUGUCUGGAAGUUCAAUGGGAAGGAACUGAAGAGGGAUGACAAGUAUGAAAUCACAGUGUCUGAGGAUGGUCUGACCCAUACACUUAAGAUUAAGGAUGCCCGACUCAGUGACAGUGGCGAGUUCUCUGCCCAGGCUGGGGGGCUGGAACAAAAGGCCAAGCUCACUAUUGACCGAAUCCCCAUCAAUUUUGUAAGCACCCUUAAAAAUGUACGUGUGAAAGAGAGGAGCCGAGCAUGCCUGGAAUGUGAGCUGACAUCUAAGGAUGUGACCCUGCGCUGGAAGAAGGAUGGACAGCUGCUGGCACAUGGCACUAAGUACAGCAUGAGCCACGAGGGCAAGCGAGCAGAGCUGGUCAUUGAGGAUGCACAGCUCAGUGACGAUGGCGAGUACACUGUGGUGGCCAUGCAGGAUGGGGACCCCACUGAAUACUACAGUACUGCCACCGUCACUGUGGAUGAGCGUCUGGCCACGGUGAAGAGCGGGAUGUCUGACAUACACGCGGCCACCGGGAGCCCGUCGGAGUUGUGCGUAGUGCUGAACGACGAGAAGGUGGAAGGCGUGUGGCUGAAAGAUGGCAAGGAGAUCCAGAUCACGGACUUGCCUGGUGUGCAGAUUGUGAAGCAGGGUGCAGUGCACAAGCUCAUCUUCCCCAAUACUGGCCCCGAACACGAGGGCAAGUACACGUUCCGGGCCAAGGGCGCAGAGAGCGAAGCUUCUCUGUACAUCGCAGAUCCUCCUGCCAUCGACCCAUCUGUACUUGAGGCGCUGGCGGCGCACCCAGUGACCGUGAAGGUAGGUCACACGGCACACAUCAAGGUGCCUUUCCGGGCAAAGCCACUGCCCAAAGUAACAUGGUACAAAGAUGGCAUGGAGGUAACCGAGGAGGAGCGCGUGUCCAUGGAGCGUGGGGAAGACCAAGCUCUACUAACCAUCUCAAAAUGUGUGCGUGAAGACAGUGGCCUAGUGCUUCUCAAGCUCAAGAAUGACCAUGGCUCAGCCACAGCCACUCUGCACCUCAAUGUGCUGGACCGUCCCAAGCCUCCACAGGGCAAGGUGGAGUUCCUGGAGCUCUCAGGUAGUUGUGUGCACAUGAAGUGGAAGGCUCCAAAGGACAACGGUGGGCGCCCUGUGACACAGUUCAUUGUGGAACGGAGGGCAGUCGGCAAGAAGUCCUGGAUUAAGAUAGGCGAGGUGGAUGGCAAAGUCACCGACUUCUCUACCAACAAGGUGGAAGAGGGAAAAGCCUACCAGUUCCGUAUCCUUGCAGUCAAUUCAGAAGGCGUGAGCGACCCGCUGGAGACUGAUGAAGUGUUUGCAGGAAAUCCCAUAGAGCCACCUGGUCUUGCCUCCCAGCCUCAAGUGACUGAUGUGACCAAAGAGGCCAUGACUAUCACAUGGAAUGCCCCUACCCAGGAUGGGGGAGCCCCAGUGCUCGGCUACAUUGUAGAGCGGAGAAAGAAAGGCAGUAAUUUGUGGGUGCCAGUCAACAAGGACCCCAUCCAAGGCACCAAGUACACUGUGGAUGGUCUCCUGGAGGACACAGAAUAUGAAUUCCGAGUUAUAGCUGUAAAUAAGUCAGGCCCUGGACAGCCCAGUAUGCCAUCCAGCUCAGUAGUGGCCAAGGAUCCUGUUAAGCCCCCAGGCCUGGUGCAGGGCCUGCAUGUGUCUGAUUCCUCCAACUCCAGCAUCUCCUUGGCCUGGCGGGAGCCUGCAGAAGGUGACCCACCCUCUGGCUACAUCCUUGAGAUGCGGGCUGAAGACACCAAGGAGUGGUCCAAGUGUACAAAGAUCCCCAUCUCAGGCACCUGCUACACCGUGGGAGGCCUCACUGAGAGGCAGAAAUACUUCUUCCGAAUCCGGGCUGUGAACGAGGCUGGGGUUGGGGAGCCUGUGGAGCUAGACGAGGGGGUCCGUGCCAUGCCACCACCAGCUGCACCCAAGUUUGACCUCAGUGCCCGGCUGAAGAGUCACAUGGUGGUUCGUGCUGGGACAGCCCUCUGCAUCCAUGCAGCCUUCUCUGGCUCACCACCACCCAAUGUGAUAUGGCAGAAAGAUGGCAUCCCCACCAAGGGUCGAGAAACCAUUACCAAGGGCAAAAACCACUCCCAGUUCCUCAUCAAUAGCACCAAGCGCUCUGACUCAGGGGUGUACCGGAUCUUGCUCCAGAAUGAGUUUGGAGAGGCAUACUACGACAUCCACGUGCGUGUGGCAGAUUUCCCCCGACUCCCCACAAACUUACAGCUGUUUGAGGAGGUCCCCAACACUGUGACUUUGACCUGGAACCACAGCCCUGAUGUGCAGGAGGACGGGGAGGCCCACUAUGUCAUCAUGAAGCGGGAUGCAAGCACUGCCACCUGGUACACGGCAGCCGAGCGUGUCUUCAGCAACAAGUACACAGUCACUGGGCUGCUCCCAGGCAGGAAGUACUACUUUAGAGUGGUGGCUCGGAAUGAAAUCGGUGACAGUGAACCACUCGACUCCAGGGACACCUGGCUUGUCAAUAAGGACAAGAUUGAGGACAUGAGCGCCAAGCUGAAGCCCUACGAGCAGAAGGACUGGCGCCACGCACCUCGCUUCCUGACCCCCCUCAAGCCGCACACCGUGCUCCGUGGCCAGGACUGCACUAUGACCUGCGCCUUCCUUGGGAACCCGCGGCCCACGGUGACCCUUUACAAAGGCGACGUCAACAUCACGGCCAACUCUAAGUUCUGGUACAACUCCACCAGUGGCGUGUGCACCCUCGUCAUCCCCACCUGCACGCUAAAGGACACCGGCGAGUACAGCGUGCUGGUGGAGAACGAGUUGGGCAAGGACCGCAGCAGCUGUACGCUCACUGUCUACGACAAAGAUGACAAGUCAAUUCUAGCAUCCCUCACUGAGAAUCUGCAGAAGAAAUCAAAGCACCUUAUGUGAGCUCCAGUCCAGGCAUCAAGAGGCUGUUGUGAUGUAGGGCUUCUUGGCCUGUCCUCUGCAUGCCCAGUGUAGGCAUCCCAAGUUGCUCUCUGGUGCUUGUCAAUGCAAACAUUCAGUGAAGGGAGGGGACAAUAAACUAGAAUCCCU